UCUUCCUCUCUUCUCCUCUCCUCCAAUGGAGAAAGUUGAGGAGAAUCGCAAGAUCUUUCUCCUUGUUCUCUUCCUUUUCUUUUCGAGCGUGCCUCGCCUUGUAGCGUUUGACUACGGCGAGGCGCUCUCGAAGAGCUUGCUCUACUUUGAGGCGCAGCGCUCCGGCCGCCUCCCCCACCGCCAGCGCGUCUCCUGGCGGUCCGACUCCGGUCUCACCGACGGCCUCGAACAGAGAGUUGAUUUGGUGGGAGGGUACUACGACGCCGGCGACCACGUCAAGUUCGGGCUGCCGAUGGCGUUCACGGCGACGAUGCUGGCGUGGGGGGCGGCGGAGUACGGCGGCGCGAUCGCGGCGGCCGGCGAGAUGGAGCACGCGCUGGGUGCCAUCAAGUGGGCGACCGACUACUUCAUCAAGGCGCACACCCUCCCCAACCUCCUCUGGGCACAGGUAGGGGAAGGGGGCAGCGACCACUACUGCUGGCAGCGUCCGGAGGACAUGACGACGUCCAGGCAAGCGUACAGGGUCGACGCCGAGCACCCGGGGACGGAGGUGGCGGCGGAGACGGCGGCAGCGCUGGCAGCGGCGGCGGUGGUGUUCAGGAACACCAACCCACGCUACUCGCGCCUGCUACUCCACCACGCCCAGCAGCUGUUUGAGUUCGGAGACAAGUACAGGGGGAGGUACGACGAGAGCAUUCCGGCCGCCAAGAGCUACUACCCGUCGGUGAGUGGCUACGGCGACGAGCUGCUCUGGGCGGCAAUGUGGCUGCACCGGGCGACGAGGCAAGCCAAGUACCUGACCUACGCGGUGGAGAAGGCGGCGGAGUUGGGCGGCGCCGGCUGGGCUGUGUCUGAAUUCAGUUGGGACAUCAAGUACGCAGGCUUGCAAAUUCUCGCCUCAAAGCUUUUGAUGGAAGAAGGGAGAAGGAAUUUAGAAGAGAAACAAGUAGAGGUACUAGAGCAAUACAGAUCCAAAGCUCAGCAUUACAUUUGUUCUUGCCUCAACAUGAGCACCGCCGAUAGCAAUGUUCGUCGCACCCCUGGUGGCCUCCUCUUUGUUCGAGAGUGGAACAACAUGCAGUACGUGACCGGUGCCGCCUUCCUCCUUACCGUUUACUCUGAUUAUUUGACUGCCUCCGGCGAGGUGUUGCAUUGUCCUCGAGGAUCCUUGGGUCCUCGGGAGAUCUUAUCGUUUGUGAAGGUGCAAGUCGACUACAUGUUGGGCUCAAACCCGUUGGGCAUGAGCUACAUGGUGGGGUUUGGACGCAAAUACCCGAAGCGAGUGCACCAUAGAGCCGCUUCAACCGUAUCUUACAAAAAGGAUGGGUCCUUCAUAGGGUGUGCUCAAGGCUAUGACAAGUGGUUUGGACGACGAAAGGAGAAUCCUAACAUUCUCAUCGGUGCCAUUGUCGGUGGCCCGAAUGGCAAGGACAGAUUCAAAGAUAUGAGGGAGAACUACAUGCAAACGGAGGCGUGCACAUACAACACUGCACCGAUGGUGGGAGUGUUUGCGAAGUUGCAUCAUUUGAAAGCACAAAGCUCAUCUUCAUCUUCAUGAAGAAUGAUAAAAGGGUGAUCACAGAGCUCGUGUUCUUUGUGUGUCCAUUGUACUGCAUUGACUUCAUUGUUUUUGUGAAGUAGAAGAUACAAAAAAAUAAAUACAAAUAGGAAAAAAAAAACAUAUACAGAUUAAAUAGUUUCAGUCA